CAGCUCACUGCUCUCUCCCCAUAACAUGUGGAUAAACUUGUGUCUGGUUUAUCAAAGUGUCAUCACUGAGAUAUUUUAUCACCUAGUGCGACCCUUAUAGUUGAAACCAAAAGUUUGCUUUCCGGUUUCAGUUUCAAAUUUUCUGUGUUUUUUUUGCCGGCAAAGUUGAAAACUUUGCCCAAGUGCGACCCAUACCUAACAUCAAUUUCGGUAUUCUCGUGGUCGUGAAGUAAGCAGGAUUGGUUAUAUACCACAUUACUUUGCCAUGCAUUACUGGAAUCUAGAUUCCAUCGCGCAGAAAAAGUAGACAAUUGUUUAGAUAAAAGAAAAAAUUUUAGGGCCUAGUUUUUCAAGUUAUCAGAAGACAAGAAGCCGCACUAUACCUUAAAACAUGAGCUGUAUUCUUUUAUAGAAUGCGAUCUUUUGAAUCGACUACAAAUACUUCAAUUACCUGGAAAUUUUCUACCCUUCUAGUUCUUGGUUGUCGUGGUUCUUCCUUGUCUGUUUUCUUUGUUUUUCCAAUGCGUGCGUGAGGCAAGGAAUAUUUUCAUUAUUCAAUUGGUUAAAUUAACCGAUUUUGAUCUUGGAGAAAUUUUUCCAUCAGACUUUUAACUUACAAUUUUUUAGCCUUCUGCGAUAUUUCCUUCGUUCCCAACUUUGUUCUGCAGCCUCCGGUGGGAUGAGAGGAGAGUCUGGUCACCAAAUUUCACGCUUGAAUGACAGCAAAGAUGGAACUAUUUCGAAAUCAUCUGACAGUCACGGUUACGGUAUGUGAUUACGUAACAAUUGGUACUUUUAUCAGCAAUAUUACCUAAAUAUGUCUUCACAUCUAACUUACGACGUUUGUGUCAUCGGUGCUGGUGUGGUGGGGAGUUCCACGGCCCGUUACCUUGCUUCCCGCGGACAAAGAACACUCUUACUGGAGCAGUUUCCUCUUCCUCACUGGCGUGGGAGUUCUCAUGGACAGACAAGAAUCAUUCGUUUCUCCUAUGUAAACCCUUAUUAUUCUAAAAUGGUAGGGGAAGCUGGCGAAAUGUGGAAGGAGAUUGAAGAAAAGGCACAACAGGAAAUACUUAUAAAAACUGUUGGACUGCUAACAGUGGAAGGAAGCUCUGGUGAAAAUUUGAGGGAAGUAAGACAAUCACUUGAUGCAGCAGGAGCAAGUUAUGAUUUUUUGUCAAACCAAAAACUGAAGCAAAGAUUUCCAGAGUUGAGCUUUCCACCUCAAUACAGUGCUCUGCUAGAACACUCGGCAGGAAUUUUAAAAGCUGAUAAAUGUUUGAGAGCAUUGCAGGAUCAGUUUGUUGAAUUUGGUGGCACAUUAAAAGAUGGUGAAGGUGUGGUUGAAAUACAUCCAGGAUCAUUAGUUACAAUAAAGACCACCAAGAAUUUGUUCAGAGUCCACAAAGUGAUAGUAACAGCAGGACCCUGGACCAAUAAACUGCUAAAACCUGUGGGAAUUACCUUGCCUCUAAAGCCAUGCAGAGCCAAUGUUUUUUACUGGAAGGUAAAAAAAGCUGGCACAUACAGUCUUCAGAGUGGUUUUCCUACAUUUUAUGAUGAUACAGCAUCUGAUCCUCGCAAGUUAUAUGCGCUCCCUUCAUUUGAAUAUCCUGACAUGGUGAAGUUUGGGCCCACUGGUGCAUGCAGAUUGCAAGACGUUUGCUGGGAAAUUGACCCAGAUGCAAGAGAUUGGGAUAGAGAGACUGAAGAGAGGAUUAUUCAGAGCACAAGAGAAUAUAUCCAGCAUCACUUUCCUUACCUUGAUCAUCAUGAGCCAGCCAUAGUAGAAACUUGUAUAUACACACUAACUCCUGAUGAGAAUUUUGUGUUGGAUAAACAUCCCAAGUUUUCCAACAUCAUUGUUGGUGCUGGCUUCUCGGCUCAUGGAUUCAAGCUUGGUCCUGUUUGUGGCAAGAUUUUAGCACAGCUGGCCAUGAAUGAGACACCAACCCAUGACUUGUCACCCUUCAAGAUUGCAAGAUUCAAAGUUAGUCAGCCAAAAUCCUCACUAUGAAGAUGGUGCUCAUGAUGAAGAUGAUAAUAACAACUACCACUCCAGACUAAAGCUACUGAAAAAUCCUGGUGCCACCCCAGACAUUAAAACAAAUGAUUUAUCUUUACUUCUACUUGGAAUAUCACGAGAGUUUAAGGUUUAAACCUUUAACAACUGGAACUGAUGGAAAUGUAACUUCUCCAUAUAAUAUCCAUGCAUUAUUCAGUGAACAGUUAAUUAGAAUACUCAAACUUAUCAUGUAAAAGGUCUUAUCUUGAUCUUGCACCAAAUUCUUUAAGUAAUUUGCAAGGAAUGUGUGGCGGUUAAAGGGGGGAGAAUCAACGGUCAGAUCUUGGAUUAAUAAAGCUAAUCAAAUUGUACAGUGCAUUCUCUUCUCCAUUUAGGAAAAUUGAGUGAAAUAUAUGAGUGCCCAACCCUCGCAAAUAAGCCUUUUUUAACUUCUAACAUGAAGUGGGUGUUUCUUUCUCUAAAAAGGGGAUGUAAGGCAAAGGAAACUACUUGCAACAAACUUUUUCGUCUUCGUUAUCUGUUUUCAGCCCCAUCUGUGCUAAAGAAGAAAGAGAAGAAACAGUUUCCCCCAGUUUCUUGGGUCAUUCCUUUUUGAGCACUACUUGUUCGGUCAAUUUCUCUAUCCUUCCCACUUCUCUUAAUCUUGUUGUUCCCUUUUUCCCAUUCAAGCCACUCCCCUCACCCUUAAACAACCCUCGAGUGAAUAGUCCUCAAAGCCUGGUUCCCAGACUCCUUUCAAAUCCCUGGAAGUUAAAACAGCUAGUCUGUUCAGCGGACUACUAAAAAAGUGGUAGUUACGUCAUGUAUAGGGAACCUACAGAAAGGUUAUGGUUCAACAUGGCGGUACACAUGACCAGUUGAACAUUGUUCAACAGUUGCGGCAUGGUUGGAACAAGGCAUUUGCGAGGAACCGUACUCUCACGAGUUCGCCACCUUCUUCGUUCGGGUGCAAUGACAAAGACACCGCUCUGGGUUCCAGUUGUCGAGGCAUUUCCUCCCCUAAAGGAGACAAAAUUAAAUAGAAAAGGCGACGAAGAGUUAAUGCACAAGAUAAUCUAUCCUGAAGAUGAAUUCAGAAAGCUUUUUUACCAGAGAUUCAAUACAAACCAGCCUUUGUCCCUGUGGGGAGAACACCAUUCUUAUUGUGACAGAUUUGUGGAAGGAUGCAUGGAGAAGGUGAACCAAGGGCUUAACAAAGAGGAGGCAGUGGAAAGCACUGUUAAAACACUUUUCACUAAUCAAAGCUCUGCUAUACCAGAUAUGUGGUUUGAGGAAUGAAGAGCUUUCCCCUCACGUUGUGGAUAAUAAUUGGAUUUUGUAGUAGGUGAUCUCAAGAAGUUUCCUUCAGUCAUCUAGGUAGUUAUUUAUUGAUGAGGAUAAUUCAUGCUGAAACUAUCAAAGCGUGAACCUAGCUUCAACAGGAACAGAAGCAACAACACCAUUUUUCCAUUUCCAAGAUCAGACCGUAUGAAGUUGAGAUGUUUUAGUCUACAAGCCUUCAGUUUUAUUAAAGCCUCGUGAACAUUACUGUCUCAAAAAUAUACAAGUCCUUUGCUCUUAUAUGGUUUUAGAAACUAUUUGCGAUAUAGUUAUGGUGAGUACUUUUUCCUUUAAGCUUUUUGAAAAAUAUAACACAAACACCCAAACUAAAAGAUGAAUCGUGUUGCAAAGACACCAUUUGACAACAACAUUCUGUUUUUAGUGAAUGGACAUCCAGAACUGCAAAACUCUUCUGUAAAAAUCAAUGUUUACUGCUGAGUUUAAGGAUUGCCUUUGUAAUCUAGGUAUCGUUUAACCCUUCAAAUCACCAUUGUUUUAAUUAUAAUGAUCACAGUUCUGAAAUAAUAGUUAUUUUAUUAUUAAAAAAAAUCUCAGCUAAUAUACAUCUAUAGCAUGAUAUACACCAAGUUCUUUACCAUAGCACACUGUGUAAUUUUUCUGUCAAAUAAGGGAUUACAAUAAUUAAUGGUUUCCUUUGGAUUUGGGAAAUGGGAGAAUCAAAGAUGGUGUAGAACUUAUUCAGGAACAGGCAGUUUUAAGUUCUACAUACUGUCUGUGAAAUGUUCUUUUCAUUUUGUUGUAAUAGAGAUCUCAAUUGCUACUAAACUGAGGAGGAUUUUGAAUGUUACAAAACUGACUUCUCUGUUGAGAGUUCAUUAAAUGUAAUUGUAGUAAUCCCUGUGUGUACCACCAGUAAGUAACUAUAAAGGUUGAAUGAAUGGCUCCAAACAUGAAA